AUGGGCGGCAGCUACCCGGGCGCGUACCGAGGGGCGUGGGUGGACCAGUACCGGGGCAUGGGGCGCGCCACGCCGCCCCAGUUCAUGGCCAACGCCAACAGCCGCGCCUCCGGCACCCACGCCUACGACUACACGUGCGCGCAGCAGCACCAGCAGCAACAGCAGCAGCAGCAGCGCGGCCAGCACAUGUACAACGGCGGCUACGGGAUGGACGGCUACUCCUACAACCGCCACUACUACAACAACAACAUGAUGUGCGGCGACGGCUACUCCAGCUACAACUACAUGUACGGCGGCGGCGGCGGCGGCAUGUACGCGUGCCAGGGCGACGCCUCCGGCCACCAGUACUACGACUCGUACAGCAUGGCGGGCGCCACCGGCUACGAGCACGCAGACAAGGGCUCCGGCAUGGCCUCGAUGACGGCCAACAAUCCUGCCAACAUGGCCAACAUGGCCAGCAUGAACAACAUGUCUCAGGGCGGCGGCGGCGGCUACUACGGCGGCGGCGGGGCCAACGGCGCGAGCGCGGACGGCGUGGCCUACCAGGAGCAGCAGUACGCCAACCACCAGCAGACCCACGACCACGACCUCAACUUCACCUUCAACUUCUUCGAGCAGGGCGGCGGCGGCGGCGGCGGCAACGGUGCCGGCGCGGCGCGGGGGCGCACCGGCGGCAGCACGGCAGCACGAGCGAGAACAGCAACUCCUCCCGACUUCAACUUCCUCUCCAACCUGGCCAACGACUUCGCGCCCGAGUACUACCAGCUGAGCUGA